UCGCUGUCCCGGGAGGAGGCGCUGCCGCCGGCCCGGCCCCGGCCCCGGCCCGGGCAGUCCCCAGAUCCCGGCGAUGGCGGCGGGGCGGGCGCGGGUGUCCCGCCUGCUGCGGCAGCUGGAGCGGGCAGCUUGUCGGUGCCCGAGCCAUGGCCACACUUAUUCCCAAGUCCCUGGACGGCCCACCUUGGGGAAUACAGACUAUGCAUUUGAGAUGGCCAUUUCAAACAUCCGGUAUGGAGAAGGAGUUACAAAAGAGAUUGGCAUGGACCUGCAGAAUCUUGGUGCUAGAAGAGUUUGUUUGAUGACAGAUAAAAACCUCUCCAAACUCCCUCCUGUAAAUGCAGUAUUGAAUUCCUUGGCAAAAUAUGGUAUAAACUUUGAAAUGUAUGAUAAUGUCCGUGUGGAGCCGACAGACCAAAGUUUCCUGGAUGCCAUUCAGUUUGCUGAAAAGGGAGAGUUUGAUGCCUAUGUUGCUGUUGGAGGUGGGUCUGUAAUGGACACCUGUAAAGCUGCCAACCUGUAUGCAGCCAGCCCUUCAUCGGAAUUCCUGGAUUACGUCAAUGCUCCUAUCGGGAAGGGGAAGCCUGUCACUGUGCCCCUCAAGCCACUUAUUGCAGUUCCUACAACAUCUGGCACUGGAAGUGAAACCACUGGGGUUGCCAUUUUUGACUUCAAAGAACUAAAAGUUAAAACCGGUAUUGCUUCAAGAGCCAUUAAGCCAACAUUAGGCAUCAUUGACCCUUUACACACACUGUCUAUGCCUGAACGAAUAGUGGCCAACAGUGGCUUUGAUGUGCUUUGCCAUGCCCUGGAGUCGUACACUGCUCUCCCUUACAACCAGCGCAGUCCCUGCCCUUCCAAUCCCCUGGAGCGCCCAGCCUACCAAGGCAGCAACCCCGUCAGCGACGUCUGGGCUCUGCACGCGCUGCGCAUCGUCGCUAAAUAUCUGAAAAGAGCCAUCAGAAACCCUGAAGACCGUGAGGCAAGAGCCAACAUGCACCUGGCAAGUGCUUUUGCUGGUAUUGGCUUUGGCAAUGCUGGUGUUCAUCUCUGUCAUGGAAUGUCUUACCCUAUUUCUGGUUUGGUGAAAACUUAUAAACCGAAGGAUUAUAAUGUGGAUCACUCUUUAGUGCCUCAUGGCCUGUCUGUGGUGCUGACAUCCCCAGCAGUGUUUGCUUUCACAGCACAGAUACAUCCUGAGCGGCAUUUAGAAGCUGCAGAGAUUCUAGGAGCUGACAUCCGCACUGCCAGAAUCAAAGAUGCAGGGCUUAUUUUGGCAGACACACUCCGGAAAUUCCUAUUUGAUCUGAAUGUUGAUGAUGGCUUAGCUGCAAUUGGUUAUUCCAAAGCAGACAUCCCUGCAUUAGUCAAAGGCACUCUGCCUCAGGAGAGAGUGACUAAACUAUCACCACGUCCCCAAACAGAAGAAGACUUAUCUGCUCUCUUUGAGGCUUCCAUGAAACUUUAUUAGCUUAAACAUGUUGUCCUGGAAAGUGGGGUCUGUUCUAACACAGAGGUAGUUUCUCCUAGAUACGGGACUGAACUUGUUUAGAGCAUGGAAGAAUUUGGGUACCUUUGACUUCUGUUCCAUUGUACACUGCCGAAAGGUCACGUAAUUCAUCUUUAACUAAACAGUGCUUUGAAGUAAG